CGCUCGGACUAUAAAAGUCUAUAACAAGCGACCGAAAUAACUGCAAGUUCUUUUGAGAGUUCUGUCGAAUCACAAUUGAGUGACAGCUGUUCUCUUUGGUGGUUACCUUGAGGUCAAUUUUCCUCGACAGCACGAAGGUUCAACGAAUGACGGUUACACGAUGAGUUAAACGGUGCAAUUGCUCGUAAAUGCUAUCCUUCAUUUACGAGACACGAAAGCGUCGUGAAAAAUAGAGGCUAGUUCUCUGCAACUCGUCGCGAAUGAGCGACAUCAAAAUUCUAUCUCGUGCAAAAUGCGUCCUGCCUUUCGAAACACUGAUCUCUUUUUUGCGAAUUACCCUUUGAUGCGACGAGAAGUCGAAUGGUCAUUCAAGGUACUACUAACUUUAAACGAGAUUCGGCCUGUAUAGUAUAAUUCAAAUAAUCGAUGAAUGGCACACGCUGGGAACGAUGUUAUGGGAUUGAAUUAUCGAACUUGAACGUGAUACGAAAGCCGCCGCUGUCAUCAUUCUAUCGUCUUCAUCUUCGUUGUGAUUGUCGUCGUUUCGAUUAGGGAACGUCGCUUUUUGCGUUAACAUAAAUCGCGCAAGAGCGAACUAACAAAGUCGGGGGCGGGUUUUGCUAGUGUCGGUAUAUGCCGCGGCGAGGAUGCUGGCGUGCGUCUAUCCGCCGGAAAACUUUGAGGUGAAAACCGUGACGGUGAAGCUCCAUCAUGGAAAAUCGAAGCGAAAGUCUAAGUCUCUACUCUCAGUGAAGGAAAAACUUUCGGACGCCGCGGAGACGACGGGAUGCGGCAACAGCGGCAACCGAGUGGGCAACGAGUUAGCAGUGGGCGGGGGUGGUGCUGUGCUGGUGCUCAGCGAGCUUGAAAGCAUGGCGGCCAGGCAACAGCGGGAGAUUGCUCAGCAAAGGCGCCUCCUGGAGCAGAGAGAGGCCCGCUUAGCUGUGCUUCGAGGCGCACAGGAGCCAGCACAGCAGGACAAACUCGCCAGAUUGAAGCACAGAUUGGACCAGCAACAGAGCAAGCUGAAUCGACUGCGGUUGCUCAGAUCGCAGACGGACCAGUCUCGUACCAACAAUGCGACGUUGACCUCGGACUUAGACUGCAUCAGGGCACUGUUCAACGAGAAGGAGAAGGAGCUCUCGUUGGCCGUAGCUAAGGUGGAGGAGCUGACGCGGCAGUUGGAGGAGCUUCGGGGUCGUCAGAAUGCCGUCGGUGUCGGUGCCGGCGGCGGGAGCGCCGGUAGUCUCGGGGGCGGUCUCACGGGUGCUACCGGGAAUGGGCACCUGGUCACCCCGGCCAGCGCAGAGUUGGAAAAGCUCAGGAGGGAGCUUAUGUAUCGCAACAAGAUGAACGAACAGCAGAAUCAAGUGGUAUCGCAGCAACGCCUGGCCCUGGCGCAGAGGCAGGCCGAGAUGGCGUCGAUAGACGCGCGGAUAGCGCAGCUUCAAAGUCGUCUUCAGCGUAAGAGAGCGUUAAAUCAACGGCUGAGCCAUCAGUUGGGUUCAGGGUCCGGACGCAUCGGCGUCAGUACGACAGGAUUCCAGGACGCGAAGCUCGACGGCUUUAACAGCGGCGGCAAGCUGAGGCCGGCCGGAAACAUUGCCGCGAUCGAGCCUUACUCUCACAUACCCAACGACAAUGAUUUCAAUCUGAACAAGAACGAUCCAAAAUACCAGACAUUGCCGUACAACACCAAGUUCACGGUGAAUUUCAAGGCGAUAGAGGACGACGUGAAUAAAAAUAAGAUACAACAUUCAGCCAGUGCUUCCCAGUUAGGACAGCGGCCGGCCUUUCAGCAAUACGGACACCAAAUCGUUCAUAGCCAGUCGCAGUCGCACAUUCAGGGUCAAUCUCAAUUAUUAGGAAGUAAUCAGCAGCAACAACAACAACCACAGCAGCAGCAGCACAAUCAAAAUCUCAGCAAUCAAGCUGCGACAGUCCAAUCGAGUUGCAACUACAACAAUAACAACAACAACAACAACAAUAACAACAAUAAUAACAACAAUAACCUCAUCGGAAGCGGUAGCGCGCAUAGCUUCAGCCCGGACAACCUAUCGCAGGGUCUUCGCAUUCAUCAAGGUCAUCAGCAGCAACAGUUACAGCAACAGCAGCACCAGAAUGGCAACGGAGGCCAGCAAAAACAAUACAACGUGACUGGCACUGCAUCGAGCAGCGCGUCGACGAAUCUCGGCGUCACCGUCUCGUCGAUCUCGCAGGCGCAGAACCACCGCAACUUGCAGGCCAUUCAUCAGAAACCAGUGUCGAGCGUGGCGCCUAGUUUCUCUGUCAAGUCGCAGAUCUACCAGACGUCCUCGACCAAGAUCCAUCCGGUGAUGCCGCAGACAUUGAGUCUGUUGGGUCGCGGGCACGCGAACAACACGCCGAACUACAAUAUCGCCAGUUUCAACGUACAGCCGAGUGGCAAUCAGCAGCAGCAGCAGACCACGACCAACAGCGCGCCGCAACUGGUGCAAUCCAGCUGUGUUGGCAACCAGGAGACGAUAAACUACAACGCAUCCAGACACGGUUACACGCCUGGAUCGCAGCAGCAGCAGCAGCAGCAACAGUAUCCCAACCAGAUAAAUAUUCAUGCGCCCUCGUCAACCAUCUAUCAGGUCCAGAGAGAGUCAUCGAAUCUUGCUUCGAUUGGUAUUCAUGGCACCGCCACGGUCGCCUUUAGCAACGCUUCGAGCGCACAGAAGUACAACCAGUCGCAGCUGUCGUCCGGCUCUAAUUUGGAUCCGCAGAACCAAGAUCCGCAGAAUCAGAUCUUGAAUAGUCAGAAGGUCAAGUUCGAGUCAGGCAAGACUCAAGACAAGUUCGAGCAUGCUGUAUUACCACCCAAACACGAGCAGCAGCAGCAACAGCAAACCAACAGAUAUGAUUCGAGUUUCGCUAAAUACGAAUCUCAGCAAAUCAAGUACGAGCAGCACGGCAAGUACGAGCAGCCGGCAAUGCAGGCGUCGAAGCUAUAUGAGCAACAGCAGAACAAGCACGACCAGGGUGUGAGUCAGGCGAAGCACGAACAGCAGCAGCAACAACACCUCAAUGCCAAGUACGAGUCUGGCCGGGAGACGCAAUACAAUAAGCAUGAGCAGCAACAGCAGCAUGAAAGCAGAUCGUCCAACAAGUAUGACCACAAUGCGACGUUCAAACACGAGCCUACCAGCAAGUACGACAACAAUGGCCAGUACAAGGCCGAGUACAAACCAGAGCAGAACAAGUACGAGAGCAGCCAGAACAAAUUCGACGCACCAGGAUCCAAGUACGAGCAGAACUCCACGGCGAAGCACGUAGUCGAUCACGCUGUCAAGUACGAGAUUCCGGUGAAGGCGCCGGACAAGCCCUUCGAGUUCGACCGAGCGAAGAGCGACGGUGAGAGAAAGAGCUUCAACGAGUCGCGGAUGGAGGACAAAACGAAGCCGGCGCUGCCACCGAAACCGAGCAAACCCAAUCCACCACCGAGGUUGACUCAUCACGAGAAAAUCGACGCGCCACCAGAUGGGAUUAAUGAUUGCAAGAUGACCAAUGCUAAUCUUAAUUCGAGAUCGGAUAAGGACGAGGACAUACCGCCGAUUCCCACUUCAGAGCCGCCCGAUUCUCCCACGGAGACGCAGCUGGCCAAUCACCAGAUUAUCAAGGCGCGACCGCUGAGUCUGAAGAAAGUACCGAUAUCGGAACAGCCGAAGCUGAGAUACGCCAAAUCCAAUGUUCACGUGUCGAUAAAUCGACGGAUUGAAAUGCCCCCGGCUUUCCUCUUUCCGGAGACGGAAAUCCCGGCGGAUCUCAUGCAGACUGAGCAACAACAGCAGCAACAGCAGCAGCAACAUCAGCAACAGACCACCGACGCUACGGACAAUUGUAAGAGCAUUACCGCGAUCGGCGAGGACAUCGGCGACAGCGAGAAGUUGGAAGAAUCGGACAUUGUCGACGCACUCAAUGUCAUCAAUAUUGACGAUAAGUCGACGAAGAUGAAGAGUGAUGCGGAACUAUUGGGCACCGACGUGGACGUGGACGGCGGCAAAAUAUCAGAAGUGAUAAGAAGGAAGAAGGGGAACCUCAAGUCGAGCACGGGCAAAGUCAAUCUGUCCAGGCGGGUGUCGUUCGAUCCGUUGGCAUUGCUGCUUGACGCCAGCCUCGAAGGUGAGCUCGAGCUCGUGAAGAAAACCGCCAAGGAGGUCGCCAACCCGAGCUCCGCUAACGACGAGGGCAUCACCGCUCUGCACAACGCCAUAUGCGCCGGUCACCUCGAGAUCGUCAAGUUCCUCGUGGAAUUCGGCUGCGACGUGAAUGCCCAGGACAGCGACGGAUGGACCCCAUUACAUUGCGCAGCCAGUUGCAACAAUUUAUCGAUGGUGAGGUUUUUGGUCGAGCACGGCGCUUGUAUCUUCGCGACCACUCUGUCAGAUCACGAAACCGCGGCGGAGAAAUGCGAAGAGGACGAAGAAGGAUUCGACGGGUGUUCGGAGUAUUUAUACAGCGUUCAAGAGAAAUUGGGCAUCAUGAACAAUGGUCAGGUCUAUGCGGUCUUCGAUUACGAGGCACAGCACGCCGAUGAGCUUUCCUUGAAGAACAGCGAUUCUGUGGUCGUACUGCGGAAGGGAGACGACAACGAGAGGGAAUGGUGGUGGAGCAAGCUCGGUCACAAGGAAGGCUACGUACCUCGGAAUCUGUUGGGGUUGUAUCCUAGAGUGCAGCCGGCGAAAACGGACUAAGAAGGGGUCUUUCGUGUUCUUGCAGGAUAUCCGACGAUUACUACAGUAUUCGAUUUGCAGCUUUAUCUUGUUAAUUGUUAUCCUACAACGUAGGCAAGUUUUAACAGCGUUAUUUAAUAGCAUUUCAUUGCGACAU